CAACUCCGCGCUCACUUUCGUGAAGUGCUCGUCUCGCGUUGGGUCUACUGGCGUAAUCUUCGAAUCUCCACUUGUACUGUAUGUACGUACUGUUCGUGGCCUGACCCCGGUGUAAUCGCGAAAGAAGUGAACGAAACCGCGCGCUCACUUGUGCUACUUGGAACGAUAGUGGGAGUGUUUUUGCUGUGCGGCGCGCUCGUGGUGGCGAUCGUGGUUCGUUUGUGAAUAGAUCGAGGGAGCAACGGACCCAUGAGCCUGUACGUGGUGCGUGGACGUCGCUUCGAGCGGGUGUUGACCGCCUCGAAGACCGUCGAUGUGGACGAUGACGACUGGCGGACGCCUAAACCAUACACCAAUGCUGAGUACGAGGAGGUGCAGGCAUCGUUGAGCGCUCACGGCCAGGAGCACCUGCUCAGGUUUUGGCCGCAGCUCACCGAGGAACAGAGAUGCCAGCUGAUGACCGAUUUGAGGUACAUCGACUUUGCGAGGACGUCGUCGGCGUUCAAGCAGGCGACCGAUGCGGGAUCGGGUGACGUCGAAAGCUUGGACGACCUCCUGGAACCCAUUCCUGCUGACCGGCAUGGUUCGGUCUCUCGGUGUUCGCCUGAGAAACUCGAGGCAUACCGCAACAAAGGCUUGGAGCUGGUGUCCGAGGGCAAGGUGGCCGCACUGCUGUUGGCCGGCGGUCAGGGCACCCGCCUGGGCGUUCAUUACCCCAAGGGCAUGUACGACGUGGGCCUGCCUUCACACAAGACGCUCUACCAGCUGCAAGGGGAGCGGCUCUGUCGCCUCGCGCAGCUGGCACAGGAGCUCACCGGCAAGCGGGGGAACAUUCCCUGGUACAUCAUGACGAGCGAGCACACCAAGGAGCCCACGCUCGAGUUCUUCGCAAAGCACGACUUCUUUGGCCUUCAGGAGGAUAGCCUGGUUGUGUUUGAGCAGAACAUGAUGCCCGCUUUCACGUUCGAUGGAAAGAUAAUCCUGGAGACGCCAUACAAGGUGUCAAUGUCCCCAGACGGCAACGGUGGCCUCUACAGUGUCCUGCAGAGAAAGGGUAUCCUGGCCGACAUGGAGCGGAGGGGCGUCAGCUACAUUCACGUCUACUGCGUAGACAACAUUCUCGUCAAGAUGGCCGACCCCGUGUUUGUCGGCUACUGCGUCACCAACGGUGCCGAUUGCGCAGCGAAGGUGGUGGAGAAGGCGUUCCCCACAGAAGCAGUCGGGGUUGUCUGUCGUGUCAAGGGCCACUUCCAGGUGGUCGAGUACAGUGAAGUGUCCCUGCGCACGGCUCAGCGUCGAAACCCCGACGGCCGGCUCACCUUCAACGCGGGGUCCAUCUGCAAUCACUUCUUCACCCUCGACUUCCUCAAGCGGGUGUCCGCGGGCACGAGUCUCAAGUACCAUGUGGCCAAGAAGAAGAUUCCAUUCGUGAACGACCUCGGAAACUUGGUCAAGCCCGACAAGCCCAACGGCAUCAAGCUGGAGAUGUUUGUCUUCGACGUGUUUGAAUACGCCGACAACUUCUACGUCUGGGAGGUCCUGCGAGAGGACGAAUUCUCUCCCCUCAAGAAUGCCGAGGGGGCCACCAAGGACACGCCGACUACCGCACGCCACGCUCUGUACAGCCUGCACCACCGCUACAUUCUCGGUGCGGGUGGCAAGCUCGUCGACGAGGACGGCUGCCCCAUUCCACUAAUCCCAAGUGCGGAGGAAACUGAGAGCGGACACGGUGACCACAAAAGUCAAAAGGAAGAUCUCAAGUAUGAACACCCAGUUGCCUGUGAGAUUUCUGCACUCAUUUCGUACGACGGUGAGGGUCUCGAGGACUACGUGAAGGACAAGAAGUUUGUGCCCCCCGUACUUCUGAGUAGCCCCGAAGAGGAGCCCAUCUUCCAGAACGGCACGACACGCAAGGACUGAUGAGCCCCUCGGUGCAAAACAUUUCGAUCGCAAACCGGGAUCAAGCCUUCCUCGUUUUGUUUUUGCGCUUAUGUGGCAGGCGCAUGAAAUGACAACUCCUACACUCCGGAGUGGCUUUUGUUUUUGUUUUAUUUUCGUUUUUCCAUAGCUGAUGCACUUUUGUGGACCGCUUGCAGGGGCAGUCUAUUACAUUUUUUUUUUCGGGACCAGCUUUAUCGAUGCUCCGUGUCACAUGCGCUGAUGUCUUCCCGGUGCUUUUUGCUGUGGUAAGGCAGUUUUCCGGAUAGCAGGCAAGCAGGCGUGUGUGCUGCGGCCGGCUACAAAAGCAAAGCGGGGACUCAAAUUGCAUUGUAAAUAGUUGACAGCUGUACAUAAGCCUGCUGAGAGAGGGGGAGGCCCAUUGAGGGAAUAAAGGAAAUGCUGAUUGCAA